AUGGCGAGUCGGGUUGGCAUACCUUCGCCCUCUUUGUUCAUACUUGCAGUGAAGGCAGACCCAGCUGAGGCAGCCAAACUCCGCGAGGAGCAGUUGCUGGGCGAGCUGGCGGAUUGCCACGCGCUGCUAGCAGAUCGCGAGACUUGCCUCCAGGAGAUCAUGACAACUCUGGAAGGACGCGCAGCGAGCUCAGAGAAGCGUGCAGCUUUCUUCGAGGCCAAACAGAGUGGUGCACAUAUUCCUGUGUAUCGAGUGUUUGCAAAGGCCGCCUUCCCCAACAGGGAAGGCGAGGCAGACUGGCACAUGGACCAG